CUUCAACAAGUGCAGUUGUAUUCAAAAUAUUUACGACUGCGGACUGUGAGUCCGCACGCGAGCGUUUAUGUUAGUUAUUUUCCUAUUUUUUUAUUCUGUAUAAAAUAAAAGACCAAGAAAUAUCGGACGUGGAAUAAGAAGAAGAAGAAGAAGAAGAGGACGAUGAUGAUGAUGAUGAUAAUUUGGAAAUGCAUCUUUGUUGGUAAAGAUGGAAUUACAAAGUGGGAAAAGAGUAUUUCGAAAAAAAAUUUAAAAACUAGAGCUCAGAAUAUAAUAAAGCAUUUUCCAGGAGUAAAAGUAGCUGCUAAGGGCUUAAAAACAGAAAUUGCGAUUUGGAAAUAUUUUUUUACAAAUGACAUUUUGAAUUUAAUCGUUCAUUACACAAAUAAACACAUUCAAUCAGCUAGAUCAAAUUAUAGUCGGGAAAGAGACGGCAAAGAUACAGAUAUUUUGGAAAUUCAGGCAGUAAUUGGGCUUUUAUAUUUGGCGGGGGUUCUAAAAUUAAAUCGUCUAAGUCUUGAAGAAUUGUGGGCUAACAAUGCGACGGGUGUAGAGCUUUUUAGGCUAACUAUGUCUCAAAGUAGAUUUCGAUUUCUAUUAGCACACCUACGUUUUGAUGAUUUGGAAACUAGGGAUGAAAGAAAAAAAAUUGAUAAGUUGGCUGCUGUUAGAGAAGUUUUUGAUACUGUUGUAAAUAACUUUAAAACCGCAUAUACACCAUUUGAAUUCGUGACAAUCGACGAAAAGCUAGAAGCUUUUCGAGGAAAAUGUAAUUUUCGCCAGUACAUUCCUAGUAAACCUAACAAGUACGGGAUUAAAAUUAUUGCUUUAGCAGAUUCGAAAACUUUUUAUACUUCAAAUAUGGAAGUGUAUGUAGGGAAGCAGCUAAGCGGACCAUAUGAAUGUAGUAACUUACCAACUGCAGUUGUACAAAGAUUAUGUGAGCCAAUCAAAGGAACCAGCCGCAAUGUGACAGUUGACAACUGGUUUACCAGUAUGGAUUUGUUGACAUCGCUUUAUGAAGAUUUUAAGCUGACUCUUUUGGGUACUGUACGGAAAAAUAAAAGACAAUUGCCCUUAGAAUUUCCACAGCCAUCACGUCGUCCAGUUGGAUCAAGUUUAUUUGCAUUCAGAAGUAAUUGUACAUUGGUAUCACAUGUACCAAAAAAAAACAAAAAUAUUUUAGUUUUGUGAAGUAUGCAUUAUGAUGACAAAAUAGAUACCAUCACAAACAAACCAGAAAUUAUAAUGGAUUACAACUCUACUAAAGGUGGAGUGGAUUGUGUAGACAAACUAUGCGCAGCAUACAAUUGUGCUCGAAACACCAGACGAUGGCCCAUGGUCAUAUUUUACUCCUUACUCAAUGUGGCUGGAAUAAACUCUUUUGUCAUUUUUUCGACAAAUAAUGCUACUGCAAUACGACAAAGGAAUUUUUUGCGAGCUUUAUCUUUUCAGUUGGUAGAAGAACAUGUUCGCCGACGUGUCACCCAGUGCAUUCCCAGGGUUAUACAACUAAGGAUAAGUUAAAUUUUUGGAUUAGAAACACCUAGACCAGAUCGAGUACCGACACAAGCUGGUCAUCGAGGACGAUGCGCAUUCUGCGAUCGCAAAAAAAAUAGGCCUUCACGUUAUUCAUGUAUUGAAUGUCAUAAAUUUAUAUAUAUUAAUGUCACCUAUAAAUUUAAAGUUUUUAUUUGAUUAUAAAUUACCUGUCACUUUGUUUGCUA